GAGCCAGUUUACGAAACUAUCCCGAACGUUGAUUGGAGGUUUUACGAAGACGUCCCCACAAAUGCAAACGAAUCUGAAGACAUAUCAGUUGAAGGUCAGUAAUAUUACAGAUUAUAGAUAUUAAUAUCUAACCUGUGGCUGUGGUAAUAUGUUUAAAAUUCUACUACGUUGGUAUGUGUAACAUUUGCUCAUUUUAAGAAGAAAUGUAAUAUAUACCUUGGUUGAAAAGAAACCAAUCUUGAUAAUUGUGUUCACUGUAGAACGAAGUUGAGAGGUAAUGAGGGUUGCAAAUGUCGGCCGCGUUUAACAACCAACUUUUCAACUUUUAGUUGGUUCAAAUUUUGAUGAGCGUUUUUUUUACGUGCGCUAAUAUCCAGUCAACUCUCAUCAACUGUCAGCACCUCUUGUUCUGAUUUGACCAGUGCUUUGUAAUGUCUUUUGUUUAAAGGCCUGGCAUCACUUCACGAUUGGGCUGGAGUUCCAUCAAAUGCAGACAGAACGUCUGAUAACAAAACACCAGUCGAAAACGAACAUCAGGAGUCAGGUAACGAAACUGUCGCAACUGAAGGUCAGUAAUAUCACAGAUGAGAUCAGUAUUAAUUUCUAAAUAUAUAUAUAUAUUAGAUACUAUUUAUAACAUGAGCGGCCGUGUUGUAUCGGAUAUAUAAACUCGAUCGAGCCGAAGGAGAGAGAGUUUCUAUAUCGGAUACAACACGGACGCGAAUGUUGUAAAUAUACAAUUACUUUAUGGUUUCCGUGUUUGGAUGGCCUGAUCCAAACACGCGGGAAUGUUGCGAGAGUUAAGAAAAGCGACCGAAAUCACGAGCCGAAGGCGAGUGAUUUUGCCCGCUUUUCUUAACUCGAGCAACAUUCCCAAGUGUUUGGAUCAGUCCAUCCAAACACGGAAAUCAUAAAGUAAUUGUUUUAUAAAAUAACAACAACACGAUAGUCUUCCGUGUUUGGAUGGCCUGAUCCAAACACGGCUUUUGACCAAUCAGAACACGCGUUAUAUACAUGUUAUUUUAUAAUGGCUUGUGAAACGUCUUAAUGAGAACAUUCGUAUUCUUUAACAAUUUAAUGAAAUGAAUGAUAUUUGGUGGGGAAAUUGAACUUAAAGUUUAUAUAAAUCAGCAUGAUUCUGUGAUCAGAUAUGCAAACUCCUUCACGCUCAUGAUUUCUGCCAACCUUGGUAUGUGUAAUGUUUUCUCAUUCUAAGAAGAAAUGUGCUAUAUCUUGGUUGAAAAGAAACCUGUCUUGAUAAUUGUUUUCACUGUAGAACGACGAUGAGAGUUGGUAAGAGGUCAUGCGGGUUCAAACUCUCGCUCGUGUUUUCCCGCCAACUCUCGUCAACUUUGAGCUGGUUCAAAUGAGAGUUUUUGUUGUACUUGGUAAUAUCCAGUUAACUCUCAUCAGUGUUGAGCUGGUUCAAAUUUUGAAUAGAGUUCAUGAGAAUUUUUGUUGUGCUUGGUAAUAUCCAGUUAACUUUCAUCAGUGUUGAGCUGGUUCAAAUUUUGAAUAGAGUUCAUGAGAGUUUUUGCUACGCUUGGUAAUAUCCAGUUAACUCUCAUCAGUGUUGAGCUGGUUCAAAUUUUGAGUAGAGUUCAUAAGAGUUUUUGUUGCGCUUGGUAAUGUCCAGUUAACUCUCAUCAGUGUUGAGCUGGUUCAAAUUUUGAGUAGAGUUCAUGAGAGUUUUUGUUGUGCUUGGUAAUAUCCAGUUAAUCUCAUCAGUGUUGAGCUGGUUCAAAUUUUGAGUAGAGUUCAUGAGAGUUUUUGUUGUGCUUGGUAAUAUCCAGUUAAUCUCAUCAGUGUUGAGCUGGUUCAAUUUUUGAGUAGAGUUCAUGAGAGUUUUUGUUGUGCUUGGUAAUAUCCAGUUAACUCUCAUCAGUGUUCAGCUGGUUCAAAUUUUGAGUAGAGUUCAUGAGAGUUUUUGUUGUGCUUGGUAAUAUCCAGUUAACUCUCAUCAGUGUUCAGCUGGUUCAAAUUUUGAUGAAAGUUGAUGAGAGCUCUCGCUACGUGUUGUAAUAUCCAGUCAACUCUCAUGCAAUUGUUGUUCUCACUGCAGACUCUCACUGUCCAACUCUUAUCAACUCUCAUUCUUGUUUGACCAGGGUUUAUAAUAUUUUGUUUCUAAAGGCAGGACAUCAGAUCACGAAGAGGUUGAGGUACCAUCAAAUGCACGCCAGGCUUCUGGACACACUGAACUUAAUAAACAACCCGAUACCUUAAAAACGGGGGCGACAGGCGAUGGUGAUUAUCAGGCACUUUUAAAGGAGGUUGACAUCAUUGAGAUAUACGUAAUACAGGUUCCAGAGGAACCACAACACGAAACAUCAG